AUGGGGAAGCACUGGCUUCCACACCCAAGCCUGGCGGUGCUGCUGCUGCUUCUGCUGCUCACAGACACCUCCACAUCACAAAAUCCAAUCUACAUGGUGUUGGUUCCGUCCUUGCUCCACACGGGCACCCCUGAGAAGGGCUGCCUUCUCCUCAGCUAUCUAAACGAGACGGUGUCUGUGAGUGCUUUCAUGGAGUCUGUCCAGGGAAAUCAGAGCCUCUUCACUGACCUCGUGGUUGACAGGGACUUAUUCCAGUGUGUCACCUUCACUAUCCCACAGUCUUUGUCCAAUGAGGUGGUGUUCCUCACUGUCCAAGUAAAAGGACCAACUCAGGAAUUCAGGAAGCGGAACACAGUGCUAACUAAGAAUAAAGAGAGUCUGAUCUUUGUCCAGACUGACAAACCUGUCUACAAACCAGAGCAGACAGUGAAAUUUCGUGUUGUCUCAUUGGAUAACCAUUUUCACCCCCUUAAUGAAUUGAUUCCUCUACUGUACAUUCAGGACCCCAAUGGAAAUCGCAUUGAACAAUGGCAGAGUUUCAAGUUAGAGCGUGGCCUCAAACAGUUGUCCUUCCCCCUCUCCUCAGAGCCCCCUGAGGGCUCCUACAAGGUGGUGGUAUGGACAGAAACAGGCAGGACUGUAGAGCACUCCUUCUCCGUGGAGGAAUUUGUGCUUCCCAGGUUUGAAGUGAAAGUGACCGUGCCAAAGACAAUCACCAUCAUGGAAGAAGAGAUCCAUGUGUUGGUGUGUGGCACAUACACCUAUGGGAAACCUGUUCCAGGACACGUGACUGUGAACAUUUGCAGAAAGUACAGUCAUCCUUCUAACUGCUUUGGUGAAGAGUCCAUGGCUUUCUGUGAGACAUUCAGUCAUCAGCUAAAUGACGAUGGCUGCUUCUCACAGCUAGUGGAAACCAAGGCUUUCCAGCUAAAGAGGAAAGAGUAUGAGAUGCAACUUGAAGUGAAUGCCAAGAUCCAAGAACACGGAACAGAUGUGGAAGGAACUGGAAAAGGGUUCACUAAAAUCACAAGAAUCUUAACCAACCUGUCAUUUGUGAAUGUGGACCCACAUUUCAGACCAGGAAUCCCAUUUGUUGGACAGGUGCGCUUGGUGGAUGGGGAAGGCAUCCCUAUCCCACAUGAAAUGGUCUUUAUUGAAGCAGAUGAAGCAAACCAUCACUCAAAUGCUACCACUGGGGAGAAUGGCCUGAUGCGGUUCUCCAUCAUCACCGACGACAUCAUAGGCACCUCCCUCACUGUCAGGGCCAAAUACAAGGAUAACCAUGUCUGUUAUGGAUUCAGAUGGUUGACAGGAGAGAAUGUAGAGGCACAGCACACUGCCAACGCCGUUUUCUCGCCAAGCAAAAGCUUUGUGCAUCUGGAAUCCAUAGCUGGUAAACUGCCCUGUGACCAAACACAGCGGAUCCAGGCGCAUUAUAUUCUCAAUGGAGAGGCUGUGCUGGAGAUGAAGGAGCUGGUCUUCUAUUACCUGAUAAUGGCAAAGGGGGGCAUUAUCCGAUCGGGGACUCACACACUGCCUGUGGAGCGGGGAGACACGAAAGGCCAUUUCUCCAUAUUCAUACCGGUGGAGACAGACCUGGCUCCUGUAACUCGAUUGCUCCUUUUUAUCAUUCUGCCUGAUGGAGAAAUCGUUGCAGAUACUGUCAAAUAUGAGAUUGGAAACUGCCUGGACAACAAGGUGAAUUUGAUCUUCAGUAAAAGCAAAGGUCUUCCGGCCUCUCGCGCCCUCCUUAGCGUCACAGCUUUUCCUCAUUCCCUCUGCGCUCUGCGAGCUGUGGACCAAAGUGUGCUGCUCAUGAAGCCUGAGGCGGAGCUCUCUGCGUCCUCGGUUUAUGAUCUGCUACCAGUGAAAGACCUCACUGGCUUCCCUGAGGGCGCAGAUCUGGAGGAAGAAGACAGCAAAGACUGUAUCAGGCAAAACAACAUGUACAUUAAUGGCAUCCUGUAUUCCCCAGUACAGAAUACAAAUGAAGAGGAUAUAUAUGACUUCCUAAAGGACAUGGGGUUGAAGGUAUUCACCAACUCAGAUAUCCGUAAACAUAAGAUCUGUGAACAGCCCGAAGAAAUCACAAAAGUACCAACUGCAUAUCAACUCUUAAGCCACAAUCCUGUGGAGGAUAUUCUAGAGGCGUUUGAGUAUCCCCAGGAGACUAUACGAAAAUACUUCCCUGAGACAUGGAUCUGGGAUUUGGUGGUUGUGGACUCAACUGGAAUGGCUGAAAUAGAAAUGACGGUCCCUGACACCAUCACUACGUGGAAGGCUGGGGCCUUCUGCUUGUCCAGUGAUGCUGGUUUGGGCCUGUCUCCCAUAACCCAAUUCCAAGCCUUCCAGCCCUUCUUCUUGGAGCUCGAAAUGCCCUACUCUGUGAUCCGUGGAGAAUCCUUCAAGCUCAAGGCCACCGUGCUAAACUAUCUCCAAAUGUGUAUCCAGGUUACUGUGCACCUAGAGGCCUCUCCUGAUUUCUUAACUGCGCCAUUGCAGAAGGCACGAGAGUCUCACUGCGUCUGUGUGAAUGAGCGUCACACUGUCUCCUGGAUAAUAACCCCAAAGUCAUUAGGAAAUGUGAAUUUCACUGUGAGUGCGGAGGCACUCAAUUCUCAGGAGCGAUGUGGGAAUGUAGUACCAGUGGUCCCUGAGCAUGGAAAGAAAGACACAGUCAUCAAGUCCCUGUUGGUUGAACCUGAAGGUCUAGAAAAUGAAGUGACAUUCAACAGCGUGCACUGUCCAGAGGGUGCUAAGCUGUCUGAACAAAUAUCCCUGAAGCUGCCACCAGAUGUGGUAGAGGACUCUGCCCAAGCCUCCGUCACAGUUUUGGGAGAUAUAUUGGGUACUGCCAUGCAAAACACAGAGGAUCUCCUUGAGAUGCCCUAUGGCUGUGGAGAACAGAAUAUGGCUCUGUUUGCUCCUAAUAUCUAUGUCCUGGAUUAUCUGAAUGUAACACAACAGCUGACCCAGGAGAUCAAGGACAAAGCCAUUGACUAUCUGAAAGUGGGGUACCAAAGACAGUUAAACUACAAGCACCAAGAUGGUGCCUAUAGCACCUUUGGGGAUAAAUCUGGCAGGAAUGAUGCCAGUACCUGGCUUACAGCCUUUGUACUGAAGAGUUUUGCUCAGGCUCAAAACUAUAUCUUCAUCCAUGAAGCACUUAUCACCCAAGCUGUCCUCUGGCUUUCCCAUCAGCAGAACGACAAUGGCUGUUUCAGGAGCUCCGGGGCUCUGAACAACAAUGCAAUAAAGGGAGGAGUAGAAGAUGAAGUCACCUUGUCUGCCUAUGUCACCAUCGCUCUCCUGGAGAUGUCUCUCCCUAUCACUCACAUUGUUGUCCGCAAUGCCCUCUUUUGCCUAGACACAGCCUGGAAGUCAGCAAAGAAAGGAGCCCAUGGCAGCCAUGCCUAUACUAAGGCACUGUUGGCCUAUGCGUUUGCCCUUGCUGGGAACCAGGACAUGAGAAAAGAGAUACUGGAAUCACUUGAUGAGGAAGCUGUGAAAGAAGACAAUUCCAUCCACUGGACAAGACCUCAGAAACACAUGUUGCCAGUGGGUUUUUGGUUCCAACCUCAGGCUUCCUCUGCUGAGGUAGAGAUGACUGCCUACGUGCUCCUGGCCUAUCUCACCAUCCAGCCAACUCCAGACGAAGAGGAUCUGACUACUGCAAUGCUCAUCAUGAGAUGGCUCACAAAGCAGCAGAAUUCCAACGGUGGCUUCUCCUCCACUCAGGACACAGUGGUGGCUUUGCAGGCUUUAUCCAAAUAUGGAAUAGCUACUUUCACAGGAGCUAAGAAAGCUGCACAGGUGACCAUCUAUUCUUCAGAUUUAUUUUCUACAAAAUUCCAAGUGAACAAUGGCAACCAGUUGUUAUUACAGAGAGUCUCAUUGCCGACUGUGCCUGGGGAUUACACCACAGAGGUGACAGGAGAAGGGUGUGUGUACCUUCAGACAUCCUUGAAAUACAAUGUCCAACCAGAAGAAAAGGGGUUCCCAUUUGCUUUAGUGGUGCAAACUCUGCCUCAUAUUUGUCAUGAUCACAAACCUCACACCAGCUUCCAGAUCUUACUUAACAUCAGUUACAUUGGAAGCCGUUUUAAUUCCAACAUGGCAAUUGCUGAUGUGAAGAUGGUAUCUGGCUUCAUCCCCUUGAAACCAACAGUGAAGAUGCUUGAAAUAUCUAUGGAUGUGAGCCGGACAGAAGUCAGCAAUGAUCACGUCUUGAUUUACAUGGAGAAGGUGUCAAGUGAAAUGAUAAACUUGUCCUUCAUGGUUCAGCAAGAUAUUCUAAUAAGAGACUUAAAGCCAGCCAUAGUGAAGGUCUAUGAUUACUAUGAGAAAGAGGAGUUUGCAGUUGCUGAGUACAGUGCUCCUUGCCACAAAGGAUUCCAUGAUGAACCUACUGUGAAUAUGAAGUACCCAUCUCCAUCAUAUGUUGUUGAACUUUGUCUGAACUAUGAGGGGAACCUUGUGAAUGCUUGCAUCAACCAUUCUGAGGAAACAGAGAAUACUGUCUCAUUUGGUGACACAUCUGAGGACUUCCUGUCCUACCUGGAGGACACCACAUCUGAUUCCAGCUCAAAACUAUGGGAUGAUAGUGUGGAGGCUGCGAUGGAGGAUGUAUUGUGGUUCCUGGAGGAUACCAACUGCAAUGAGACCCCAGGACCGUAG